AUGUCGCAGACCUCUGACACUUACAACUUGCCGUUCAGCUCCACAUCCGAUGACGGUGCCGACUCGCAGCAGAGCUCAGAUGCCUCCGCAGGCGUCUAUGACGGCGUCUUGCAUCUCAUCGCCAGCGGUGCGACAACGUGCGAACAGUCGACCGUGUUCUGGACCUGGUCUGGAAGGGAAGACUCGACGGCUAGCGUUGCUUUAGCAAUUCAACGGCUAGACAACGACUCUGUCGGCACCGAUUCGAGACGAUCGAUCAACAUCAGACGGUCGACCAGACGGCACUCGAACCUCGUAGCCCGUGCUGGAGCUCCCAUCAAUGUGGCUGGUAGCGUGGCCCUGUCCUCUAAUCGUUGGAGUUGGGACACCAGCGUGGAUGCGGGGAGGUAUCGCUGGGUUGCCACGGUGGUGGGCUCUGACAUCAUAGCGACAUCGAGCCCUUUCACCGUCACUCGCGGGACAGACACCUCCUGCAUACCAGGAGGCGGCAGCGACGACAGCGGUACUACAACAGAAGAUCCGGCGGGUACGUCUGCUAGUGCGCCUGCUAGCACCGAUCCGGCACCGGCAACCACUACUGCAGCUGUCCAUCCCUCGUCAGCACCUGCGUCUGAUCCCUCCGCCACUGCUUCCACGCUGUCUGGCAAUGACCACUCGCCAAAGAACUCAAGUGGGGGUGGAGGUGUCUCCUCCGGAGGCAUCGCAGCUGCUGUCGUCUUAUCGCUCCUCACCUUGGCCGCGCUAGUGAUUCUGUUCCUCCGCCGUCGAGCCGCAGCUGCCGCUGGGCGUCAGGGAGGCCAGAAUAUCUGGAACGAAAAGUUCUUCGGCGGCAUGGGACGCAGUGAAUCGAGGCAAUCUCAACACAAGCGCACGAUCAGCGAGCCCAUGGAUCCAGUACACUCGGCUGGCCUGGCCAUGCACGAAGCCGAUAUUCGCGCGACCAUGCGCAACCCUACAUUCGGCGACGCCUCGAUGCUCAACAGGGACCAUGCCAUUGACUUUUCACAGCCAGGUUCUCCUGAUGCUCAGCCAAUCAGCCCCAGCCACUUCGCUCAUCUUGCGCAGAGAGGCAAUAGCGACGUGCGUUCUGAAGCGGACCAGGAAUCGUCAUUCGGGCAUGCCGGCGUUGGAGCAGGUGCCGGUCUGUACAUGCAGGAGAACCGCAAUCUUGGACGUGAUUCUACUCUGAUCACGCCGGCACAACAAUCUCACUUCAGCCAGUCCACGGCUGCAACCGAUCCGUGGCUCAGUGGUCGGCCGGAAAGCACCGAUGUGGACCCUUUCACUAACGAGAAUGCCGUCAUUGUCACUGCUCAUCGCCAACCUGCAGCAGUCGCACCCGCUGUCACCGUCACACGUGCCGACAGCACAGUGCGUCGCAAACCUGUACCUUCCUUUCACUCGGAUUCGGACGUCUCGAGGAACAUCGAAAUUGCCGAUGCGAGAGAGGAGUUGAACGACAGAUCGGGACCCACUCACGGACACCUGACUGCGGAAGGUGGCACUGAAUCGCCCUUCUCCGACGCGAACGAGGUCCGCGCGCUAAGUCCGGCUCAGCAAAGCAGCAUGAACGAGCAUAGCAUUACCAAUGAGCAUGAGGCUCUCACCCCACCUCUGCUGCCGUUUGCGGAGCGAGUGACUCAUGAUCGUUCAAGCAGAAGCAGCGGGUUUCCCGAGAGUGCCAAGGGAUCAGAUUCGCCAAGUCUCGACAUUGAGGUGGACCGAUUGGCAGCGCACGACUACAACCGACCGCCUUUUGCACCACCAGGUACGCGCACCUUGCUAGAGGCACCUCAAGAAGCCGCGACUCGCAGCGGCUCCUCCCCAGCUGCCUUCAACGAACAGGACCAAUUCAAGCUCUCCGUGCACCUUGGCGAGGGCGAUUUCCGCUUCUCAUUCCCAGGCCAGUGA